AUGAUUACAGAUGUUUACUGUCUACCUGAUACAUCGACUACACCGUUCACAGGUAAUCUUCAAUUGUGGUCACCGGCACCAUCAAGAGUAACGUUCAAUUAUAACGUGACUCGUGUCAACAAUCAGCCUCCCUAUCGCCACUACUAUGUUAUGUCAAAAACUUCAACACCCAUACAGCAGCAAGAAGAAGCAAGAGAAGAAGAUGAAGAAGAAGAUGAUUGCUUUUACAUGCGAAAUCAUUACUAUGAGCAGGAAGCAUGCACGUUUUGUGGACUGUCUCAUCAUCAACAACAACAACAACAACAACAACAACAUCGACGACAACAUUACCAUCACUCGUUUAAUACUAUCACCUCUUCAUCGUCAUUUUCAGUUCACCAACAACAGCAAAUGACACCUUCUCAUACCCAGUUAGCAACCACGGACUCUGAUUUAUUAUUAAACAUAAUACCAGCAACAUUAACAGCGCCACCAGACUUGAUCAUAACUCCAGCACCAAGUUUCAGCUGUAGUGCAUUGAAAACGGUAAAAGGGCCCAGGAAACUAAAUCGUUCCCCAUAUCAUAGUAGUUAUAAUAUGGAUAGUUAUAGUCAUGAUGGUAACAAUAAGAACAAAUUAUCUUUGAAGCAGUAUAUGCACACUGUAAAGAGGGGAUUGUAUAAAUACUACAAAGGUUAUCAAGCAAUGCUUUUACAACCACCUGUGAUUAUCAAAAAGAAAUAA